UCUGUCUGCACCAGAGUCCUAAACAAAUAUGGAGAGGGCAAACCUGAGCCAAGACGUGGAGUUUGAGCUCUUGGGCCUCACCAGUGACCCCCAGCUCCAAAAACUGCUCUUUGUGGUAUUCCUGGCCAUGUACGUCAUCACGGUGCUGGGCAACCUGACCAUGUUCUUUCUAAUCCAUGUGAGCGUCGCUCUGCACACGCCCAUGUACUCACUGCUCAAAAGCCUCUCCUUCCUGGAUUUCUGCUACUCUUCUACAGUGGUCCCCCAGACCCUGAUGAACUUCUUGGCUGAGAGAAAGGUCAUCUCUUAUUUUGGCUGCAUGGCGCAGAUGUUCUUCUAUGCGGGUUUCGCCACCAGCGAGUGCUAUCUCAUUGCCGCCAUGGCCUAUGACCGCUACGUCGCGGUUUGUAAUCCUCUGCUCUACCCAACCAUCGUGUCUCCGAAUGUCUGUGCAGCUCUAAUUGUGGGCUCCUACAGCGCAGGGUUUCUCAAUUCUCUUAUCCAUACAAGCUGUAUCUUCAGCCUGAACUUCUGCGGUGCUCACGUGGUCACUCAUUUCUUCUGCGAUGGGCCACCCAUCCUGUCCUUGUCCUGCGUGGACACUUCGCUGUGUGAGAUCUUGCUCUUCAUUUUCGCGGGCUUCAAUCUUCUGAGCUGCACUCUCACCAUCUUGAUCUCCUACCUCUUAAUCCUCAUCACCAUCCUACAGAUGAGCUCGAGUCAGGGCAGGUCCAAGGCGUUUUCCACCUGCACGUCCCACCUCACUGCCGUUUGCUUCUUUUUUGGCACGACACUUUUUAUGUACCUGCGCCCUAAGUCCAGUUACUCCCUGACCCAGGACCGCACGGUGGCUGUAAUCUACACAGUGGUGAUCCCGAUGCUGAAUCCCUUAAUCUACUCUUUGAGAAACAAGGAUGUUAAGGAAGCCUUAAGGAAGGUUUGGGGCUGGAAAUCAGUGGAAUGA